UUCUAUCCGCUGAUACAUCUUGGAGUAAAAAAAGGGUUUUGAACAUAUUUGUAUGGAUUCUUGCACACUCGCGGUGCCACUGUAGCCAGUUGAUAACGUGCCGAUCAGCGCACGCAUCAGGAAACAUUUGUCUGUGAAGUGUGUUAGAGGAGUGUUUAGAAGAGGUGAACCGGUGAGUUUGUGAGUCAUGUCACACAAAAAAGAGAAAAACUGAUGAAGACAGCGGCUACGUGGGUUUAUCAAAAAUGAUACGAGACUACCAGAAGUCACAACAGGGGCAUCAAUCUGGGAAGAGUGGUCCGAAAUUAUGGAGCAGCGUUGCGGGGCAUGCGGAAGGGGAGCAGGGACCGGCGGAUUUUUUGAGUCCGGAGUCGACCAAAUUUCAGCAAGAGUUUCUUACACUAGCGACAGGAGGGGAAGAACAACAACAGCAGCAGCAAGUACAGCAGCACAGUCAGAAGCCAAGCACAGAUUCUCAAUAUGGGCCAGGCCCGAGCUUGAGGCCGCAGAGUAAAUUUCAGUGA